UUGGUGCCUGGUUUGGUUUUGGUGUUGUUUUAGUAGUUUUACUACAUUUGUACAUUUUAAACACUCGUCAUUGAUUUAUAGAUUCAUAUUUAUUGUUCUAUAUAACAAUUUGAUAUACGAGAUGACCGUCGACGCUUCCUUUCAAAUUAGAAAAUUGCCUCCUAGUCACAUUACUCAGUUGGCUCUGAUUUUGGAAUUUUCUGAGCAAUGGAAGAAAUUGAUGGCUGUGAUACCAGACAAAUUGCAGAAGGAUAGUUUCGAAUGUCGGAUAUCUUGUGAGAAUCCUGCAAAAUAUAAUGCAGAUCAUAUACGGUUGAUUGAAGCUGCUUCCCAGAAGUUGAAAAAGACGGGCACAGAAAUUCUUCUGGAUGAGUGGGGAUGUUCAGGAAGAGUUCUUCCUUCUGUAGGACAUCUCCUACAUUUACUUUUGAGUGCUGAGUUAUACAGAGCUGCAGAUUAUGUUUCUGUAAAAAUUCUCAGUAGAAAUUCAAUCAAGAGGCCAUCACUUGGCCCAGCUGCUAAGGUACCUCUUACUAUAAAUGGAAAUAUAGAAGAAAACCUCAAUGAAAUGAAAUAUUCAAGCUCUUUGAUAGAGAAUAUGAAUUUUAGCUCAUUGAACAACAACUUUAAUUGUGAUAAUGAGUUGCCUUGUAUUCCACCAAUAGUCAUAACUCCAGAUGCAGAUAAAUUAAUAGAGAAUCCAAUUAGCAUUAGUAACAAUGCAGCUGUGAGCUUACCAAAUCUCAUAGCAUUCUCAGAAGAGAUGCAAACAUCAGAUAGUUCAAUUAGUAACUCAUCAAGUAUAACUAGAAGUGACUUUAAUGAAUCUGUACCUGAAAUUCCACUCAUUAGCUGUUUGCUGGAAACAACAAACUCAAACUAUCCAGAAUCGGUGAUUUUGAAUACUGGAAGUAUCUCUGACACCCUACCAACAACUAUACCAGAUUUUACUCAGUUGAAUCAGAGUGAUGAAAAAUCAACAAAUGAUGAUAAUGCGUCAUCUAUGAAUGAUAGCAAAGAUGGUCUGAUACCAGAUUUGAGCAGCCUAGAUCAAUCAGAAAAUUCAGAUACCAUGGGCGAUAAUUCUUCUGGUAAUCUACCCGAUAUCAGUGGAUUAAUCCAAUUGUCUAGUGAACAACCGCAAAGCAAAACAUUCACUGAAUCUGAAUGUGCAGAAAUUGCCAACAUAAAUUCAACAUACUCGUCCAACAUUGCCAGUUUGAAUUCUACAGAAAAUCGUGAGAAUAGAAGGUCAGAUGUAGUGAUAACAGAUUCUAAUAGAUUGGCAGCAAACACUUUCGAUUCCUCCAAGUCUCGCAAAUGCGAUUCUCCAUUGCCAAAUUUGACUUUGACAACGCACCUACCGCAUUAUACAUAUGAACAGUUGAAAGCCUCCACCAAUGGUUUCAAUGAAGAUAUUUUUGAUGGAUUGGAUAAAGAAGGAAGACUUUUGGGUUCUGGAGCUUUUGGCAAAGUCUUUCUAGCGACUGGUCUAUCACUGGAACCAGUAGCUGUAAAAAAAAUAAUUCUGGGAAAUGUAGACGUUGUCAAUGUUGACGAUCGGGUUACCAAACAAUUCAUCAAUGAAGUAGAGGUUUUGAGCAAAUUUAGGCACAAGAAUCUCAUAUCAUUGCUGGGUUUCUCUUGUGAUGGAUGCACUUACUGUUUGUUGUAUGAGUAUAUACCUGGUGGGACCUUGAAAGAGAGAUUACAGAGUACCAAUGACAAGCUCACAUGGCAGGAAAGACUGAGUAUAGCAUUGGGAACUGCCAACGCUAUAACCUACUUACACACCACUUUCUCAUCUCCUUUGAUACAUCGUGAUGUCAAGACUGCGAAUAUUUUAUUAGACAACUCGAACAAACCGAAGCUUGGCGACUUCGGUAUUACGACUUUAUUGGAUAAACAAAAUAUGAAUACAAGUACUGUGAUUGGGACAUCGGCCUACAUGGCUCCUGAAGCGAUGAGGGGUGACAUAUCUGUAAAAUGUGAUACGUUCAGUUUUGGCGUGGUUCUUUUAGAAUUACUCACUUCUUUACCACCUUUUGAUGAAUCUAGAGAUGGGAAUGAUUUGAUAACCCAUGUUGAAGAAAAUUGUGAGAAUUCCAUCGCCCCACUUUUAGAUACCAGCAUAGGAUCUUGGUCAGUCAACGGCAUUAAUUUCGGCGAAGAACUUUAUUCUGUAGCCGUUCAGUGCAUUGAAGAGAAGAAAAAGAGACCUGUUAUGGUUGACGUGACAGAGACGCUGAUGACCAUAGUAUCAAAACUUUAACCACAAAAAACGACACCAUUGCAUGAAGACAUCAUCACUUUAUCAUAUGAAAACGGUCCCCAUCGGUUCUAGGUAUGAAAUAUUCAUUCAUGGUGUUGGGAUGAUAAUAUAUUCACUCCUUUUUUUACACUUACCAUGGAAUAGUUGAUUUCUCUAGAGUUUUUCAAUUAUUUUUCAAUUUUCGAGGAUGAAUUUGAAACUAACAACUCUUCAAAAGACCAUAACAUCUGUGAAAGUUUGUGAUGAAAGGGGGUAACUCGUGAAAUAACAUAUAACGACUAGGUUGAUGUGGAUAGGAUUUUUCAUCAGAAACUCUGAAUGUCGAACAUAACCGGCACUGUUUCUAGUUGUUUAAGUACUGAAGUAGUACAAAAAUUCUGCUGAAUAAUGUUUGAUCUAAUGAUCAAAAGAGUGAAACUUCUUUGAAUGAGAGCAACCGAUAAUUUAGUCAAAAGAUACUGAAAUUCUAAUAUAUUUAUUCAUAAAUUUAUAUUAUAUGUAUACAUCCUAUUCGAAAUAAUUCUUUCAAUUAUUGGGAAUUAUUUUGAAUAUUUAUGUGCAAUAAAGUAAAAACUGGAA